AUGGCGGUCACGCUGGGCAUCUACUACAUCACGCCCUGGCUGCGCUGGGAUCGCGGACCGCAUGCGCCCGACCAGGCUGUCCUGAUCGACAUGGCCAACCGGCGCUUCUACUUCUUCUUCGUCGAGAUCUGGCCGCAGGAGUUCAUCUACAUCGCCGGCCUUCUGGUGAUGGCGGGCGUUGGCCUGUUCCUGAUCACCUCGGUGGUCGGCCGCGCCUGGUGCGGCUACACCUGCCCGCAAACCGUCUGGACCGACCUGUUUCUGGUCAUCGAGCGCUUUUUCGAGGGCGACCGCAACGCCCGCAUCCGGCUCGACAAGGAACCCUGGACCGGUUCGAAAAUCGCCAAGAAGCUGGCCAAGCACGCGACAUGGCUGGUCAUCGCGGUGGCCACCGGCGGCGCCUGGAUCUUCUAUUUCGCGGACGCACCCACCCUGGCCUACAAUUUCGCCACCGGACAGGCGCCGUUCAUCGCCUACGCCACGGUCGCCGUCCUGACGGCCACCACCUAUGUUUUUGGUGGCAUCAUGCGCGAACAGGUCUGCAUCUACAUGUGCCCCUGGCCGCGCAUCCAGGCGGCCAUGCUCGACGAGAACUCGCUGGUCGUCACCUACAAUGACUGGCGCGGCGAGCCGCGCAUGCGCGGCCAGAAGAAGGCAAAGGCGCAAGGGCUGUUGCCCGGCGAUUGCGUCGACUGCAACGCCUGCGUCGCCGUCUGCCCCACAGGCAUCGACAUUCGCGACGGCCAGCAGCUCGAAUGCAUCACCUGCGCGCUGUGCAUCGACGCCUGCGACGCGGUGAUGGACAAGGUCGGCCAUGAGCGCGGCCUGAUCUCCUACGCCACGCUCGCCGACUACAAUCAUAACAUGCGGGUCGCCAUGGGCGGCGAGAACUCCGGCGCCAUCGAUCCGUCCAACGUCCGCGACCAGAACGGCAAUUUCGUCGAUGCGAUCCGCGGCUUCAAAUGGCGCGAGAUGCUGCGCCUGCGCACGAUCAUCUACACCGCCGCGUGGGCUGCGAUUGGCAUCGCGCUUCUCAUCGCGCUCGGCACCCGCGACCGGCUCGAAGUCAACGUCCUGCACGACCGCAACCCGGUCUUCACCACCCUGUCGGACGGUUCGAUCCGCAACGGUUACACGGUCAAGAUCCUCAACAUGGUCGCCGAACCGCGCACCAUCACGCUGACGCUCGACGGCCUGCCCGGCGCUGUCAUGGCCAUCAACGGCAUUGACGCCGAACCCGGCACGAGCUUCGACAUCCCGGUCGAGCCCGACAAGCUGCGUCCGCUGCGCGUGUUCGUUUCCCAGCCGCGCGACAUGGUCGCACCCGGUUCGACACCCUUCUCCUUCAUCGUCGAGGAAGGCGAAGCCGGCGAGACCGACAUCUACAACGCCAAUUUCGAAGCGCCGGAGUGA